AUGACUCCUCUCUAUGUCACUAGUUACAACGUCUACAGACUAUUCUUGACUUCCCUACUACUAGCUGUCAAGUUCAAUGAUGAUUUCUACUAUGCUAAUAGAAGAUAUGCAGAGGUUGGAUGUCUGACUUCGACUGCUGAGCUUAAUGGCCUAGAGGCUACGAUGCUCAAGCUCGUCGACUUCUCGCUUUAUGUGGGACCAGAAGAAUAUGUGUGCUAUUGGGAGCUCAUUUUUAGU